AAGUUUUUGACCAUGGACGUGGAUGCAGUGCAGGACGCGUGGAGCCAGCGCCGGGCCGAGACCCGAGGCCCGACCGUGCUCAUCGCGGGCCCGACGGACGCGGGCAAGUCGUCGCUCUCUCGAGCGCUGCUCUGGCACGCGCUGCAGGACCGGCCAGAGGACGGUGUCGCCUUUGUCGACCUCGACAUUGGCCAAGGCGAGAUCAGCAUCCCUGGCACGAUCGGCGCCACCGUGCUCACGCGCGCGUCGCUGCCGGACGAAGACGAUCUGCUCGACUUUGGCCACAGCCACAACUACCCGCUGGCGUUCCACGGGCGCAAGAUGCAGUACUUUGUUGGCGACGCCAACCUCUCGGCCGUGCCUGGCGCCUUCAAGCACUACACGUCGGCGCUCGCCACGAGCCUUGCGCAGCGCCACACCGCCGACCCCGAGCUGAACGGCGCAGUCAUCAACACGUGUGGGUGGGUCGACGACCUCGGGUACCAGCUGCUCUUGCACGCCGUGCGCGCGUUUGCCGUCGACAUCCUCGUUGUGCUCGGGAGCCACAGUGUCUACGACCAGCUCCUCCAGGACGCGCCGCCGUCCACGACGCUCUUCAACCUUCCGCGCGCGGCCGGCGCCGUUCGGCGCUCGGGGCCGACUCGUCGCGCCGCCCGCGACCAGCGCCUUCAGCGCUACUUUGCGCCACAAGGCGAGUGGACCUACGUCGAGGUCGACGCCGCCUCGAUCGUAUUCCACCGUGUGCGCGACAAGGACCCGCGCGGGCGUGGCCGAGCCAAGCUGCUGCUCGCCAAAGAGUCGAUCCUCGCGGACCGGUGGCUGCACCAGGUCGUUGCCCUCGUGCGGCCGCCGCCACCGACGCUCGCGCGAGACGAUGCGACGCAGUACCUUCUCCGAGCGCCUGCCAUCGGCUUCGUCGCCAUCCAUGCCAUUGACAAGCAGGCCAAGACGGUGACGCUCGUGGCGCCGGUCGGCGGCCCGCUGCCGUCCAAGCACCUCCUCGCAGGCUCCAACGUCGAGCUUCUGCCGUAGCCGCGCGUGUAGAACGAUAGAGUCGCAUCAAUACAUAGUACAGGAUUGCUUGGUUCCUUG